AUGCCGCCGCGCAACGCCCCCCUCCCCAACGCCGUCAACCUCUUCAACUGCGCCAUCUGCGACAAAGGCUACCCGCGCCAGACCGACUAUGAGAACCACCUCCGCUCCUACGACCACAACCACCGCCAGCGCCUCGCCGAGAUGAAGAAGCUGACCGACGCAAGCGCCUCGGAUGCGCCCCGCUCCAAGGGCCCCCUCGACAUGCGCAGUCUACCGCAGCCGGGCGGUGACGCUGCGAAGAAGGGGCUGGGGCCGCGCUUCAGGAAGGUUGGCGGCGCGCCCGCGGCGGCGACGGGCGGGAGCCGCUUUCGCAAGAUUGGAGAGGCGAAGGACGAGGCGAAGAAGGACGCGAGUCCCAGGGCUGGGGAAGCGGAGGCGCGGAUCGAGGCGGUGCCAGCUGCAGACGUUGAAGUCAAGGCGCAGGAUGAGACGAGCAAGGACGACGAUGUGGCCAUGGCAGACGACGACGAGGACGACGCCGUCACCUGGGACGAGUACGAUGUCACGAAGCCGUCCGACUGCGACCACGCGAGCUGUCCUGGCUGCGCGGCACCUGCGAACCCCGUCUAUGAGAACGGGUGGCUGGUCAUGGGCUCUGCGUGA